AUUCAGAGGGGGUCGCAGGCUUUCCCAGACCGGAGGAGGGGAGGUCUCCUGACCGCCAGGGACUCCAGGGCCCUAGGGGAUGUAGCUUAGGUGAUGACCUUCCCUCCUGCGUGGUUGGUCUGACCUCCUUGGGCCAGGGCGAGGACUGGGGCCCUCCGCACACGCCUGCCCGCGCCUUGCAUUUCAAACGCGGAAGGGGCCAAGGACGCCAGCGAGGGCUGGGGAUUGGCUCGCCCAGCCCCACCCCUCGGCGGCCGGGAGUCCGAGCGUCCACGCGGGGCUCCGGUUCUCGCCGCACCGCCUGCAGCCGCGGAGAGGCCCCGGGCCAGGCGCGGCGACAUGUUGGCCGUGCACUUUGACCAGCCUGGCGGCGCAGAAAACCUCUACCUGAAGGAAGUGGAGAAGCCGAGCCCGGGCGACGGGGAAGUCCUGCUGAAGGUGGCGGCCAGCGCCCUGAACCGGGCCGACAUUCUCCAGAGGCAGGGUGGCUACCCCCCACCCCCAGGAGCCAGCAGCAUUUUGGGACUCGAGGCAUCUGGACAUGUGGCAGAGCUGGGGCCUGGCUGCCGGGGGAAUUGGAAGAUUGGCGACUCGGCUAUGGCUCUGCUGUCUGGAGGGGGCCAGGCUCAGUAUGUCACUGUCCCGGAAGAGUUCCUCAUGCCCAUCCCAGAAGGACUGACCUUGCUCCAGGCUGCAGCCAUUCCUGAGGCCUGGCUCACGGCCUUCCAGCUGUUACACCUCGUGGGUGAGGAGGUUCCCCCACGCUCACCCCGCACAGUGUGGCUCAAGCCCUCCGUGAGGAAUGUUCAGGCUGGAGACACGGUGCUGAUCCAUGCAGGAUCCAGUGGUGUGGGUACAGCUGCCAUCCAACUUGCUCGGAUGGCGGGGGCCAUCCCUCUGGUCACAGCUGGCUCCCAGCAAAAGCUUCAGAUGGCAGAAAAGCUUGGAGCAGCUGCCGGCUUCAAUUACAAAGAGGAGGAUUUUUCUGAAGCAGCCCUGAAAUUCACCCAAGGUGCUGGAGUAAACCUUAUUCUAGACUGCAUAGGCGGCCCCUACUGGGAGAAGAAUGUCCACUGCCUGGCUGUUGAUGGGCGCUGGAUUCUCUAUGGCCUGAUGGGAGGAGCCGACAUCAAUGGGCCACUGUUUUCAAAGCUACUUUCUAAACGAGGAAGUCUGAUCGCUAGUCUGCUGAGGUCCAGGAACAAAAAGUACAAGCAGAUGCUGGUGAGAGCUUUCACGGAGCAAGCUCUGCCCCACUUCUCCACGGAGGGCCCCCAGCGUCUACUGCCGGUUCUGGACAGAGUCUACCCCGCGACUGAAAUCCAGGAGGCCCAUAAGUACAUGGAAGCUAACAAGAACGUGGGCAAAAUCGUCCUGGAGCUGCCACACUGAGCAGGACGCGGCCACCCCGGGCCUUCCCAGAGCAAACUGAGAAAAUUCGGUUUGCAGUUGAGACUGGAUCCGAGGCCGGCGCCGUGGCUCUCUGGGUUAGUCCUCCGCCUGCGCCGCCGGCAUCCCAUAUGGGCGCCGGGUUCUAGUCCCGGUUGCUCCUCUUCCAGUCCAGCUCUCUGCUGUGGCCAGGGAGUGCAGUGGAGGAUGGCCCAAGUGCUUGGGCCCUGCACCCGCGUGGGAGACCAGGAGGAGCACCUGGCUCCUGGCUUCGGAUCGGCGCAGCACCAACCUUAGUGGCCAUUUGGGGGGUGAACCAACGGAAGGAAGACCUUUUUCUCUGUCUCUC